CCCAAGCCCAGAAGGCGCGGCCAAGUUCAGCACCUCGGAAAGCGCCCCCCUCUCCUCCCGCACGCGUGUACGCAUGCUCCCUGGACGCCCCGCAGCCGCGGCUCUGCGGGUUCGAGUGUGAGCGGGUGAGCAGGGCGAGCGGGGAGUCGGAGCGGGAGGCGGCGGCCGCAGCAACGCCCCGAGCCCCGAGAGAGUCGGCGGGAUGGACAGAAUUCUCUCCGAGAGCUGAAACCUCAUCCCGCCGCCGCCGAGGAGCCCGCCAGAGAGCAGACGCUGAGCUUGGCUCCCGUGACGCGUGCUUGCCACCCUGUCCCCAGGCUCCGUCCUCGGUGGCCACCUCGAUACCUGUCGCGCCGCGCCCCGAGUCCUGGCCUCCUCCUUGGGGCGAGCUGGACCCCCUCGCAGUUGUGUCCCAGGGACCAUGACCUAGAGGAGCCCGUGCGUGCGGGUGGCCGCUGCUCCCACGAAACGCCACCAUGAAUACGAGGGCGGCGGAUGGGGACGAACUCGCGGAAAUCUGGAGUCUGAUCCCGGAGUUUCUGGACCAGGCGGCCAACGCCAGCGGCAACGCGUCGCUGGCGCUCCGGGACGUCUGGUGGCAGCUGGGGCUGGAGUUGCCGGAUGGUGCGGCGCCGGGGCAUCCCCCCGGGGUCGGGCACGCGGUGAGCGCGGACACCGAGGCCCGGGUGCGCGUCCUCAUCAGCGUGGUGUACUGGGUGGUGUGCGCCCUGGGCCUGGCCGGCAACCUGCUGGUACUCUACCUGAUGAAGAGCAAGCAGGGCUGGCGCAAAUCCGCCAUCAACCUCUUCGUCACCAACCUGGCGUUGACCGACUUCCAGUUCGUGCUCACCUUGCCCUUCUGGGCCGUGGAGAACGCCCUGGACUUCAGGUGGCCCUUCGGCAAGGCCAUGUGUAAGAUCGUCUCGGUCGUGACGUCCAUGAACAUGUACGCCAGCGUCUUCUUCCUCACCUCCAUGAGCGUGGCGCGCUACCACUCGGUGGCUUCGGCCGUGAGGAGCCACCGGACCCGAGGGUCCCGCCUGGGCGACUGCUGCGGCCGGUGGCGCCUGGGGAACGGGCGCCGCUGCUCGGCCAAAGCGCUGUGCGCGCUCAUCUGGGCCUCGGCCGCGCUCGCCUCGCUGCCCACCGCCGUCUUCUCCAGCACCGUCAAGGUGAUGGGCGAGGAGCUGUGCCUGGUGCGCUUCCCCGACCAGUGGCUGGGCGGCGACCGGCAGUUCUGGCUGGGCCUCUACCACCUGCAGAAGGUGGUGCUGGGCUUCGUGCUGCCGCUGCUCGUCAUCAGUCUGUGCUACGUGCUGCUCCUGCGCUUCCUUUCCGACCGCCGGGUGGUGGGGACCGAAGGCGGGGCGGCAGCGGCGGCGUCGGCGGCGGCGGGGGGCGGCCCGGCCGGAGCCAGCGCCCGGCGGCGUUCCAAGGUCACCAAAUCCGUGACCAUCGUGGUCCUGUCCUUCUUCCUGUGCUGGCUGCCCAACCAGGCGCUCACCACCUGGAGCAUCCUCAUCAAGUUCAACGCGGUGCCCUUCAGCCGCGAGUACUUCGUGUGCCAGGUCUACGCCUUCCCGGUGAGCGUGUGCCUGGCGCACUCCAACAGCUGCCUCAACCCGGUCCUCUACUGCCUCGUGCGCCGCGAGUUCCGCAAAGCGCUCAAGAACUUGCUGUGGCGCCUGGCGUCGCCUUCGCUCACCAGCAUGCGCCCCUUCACCGCCACCACCAAGCCCGAGCCCGAGGACCCGGGGCUGCAGGCCCUGGCGCCGCUGCACGCCGCCCCCGAGCCCGACCUGCUCUACUACCCGCCAGGGGUGGUGGUCUACAGCGGGGGGCGCUACGACCUGUUGCCCAGCAGCUCCGCGGACUGACUGGACUGAUCGCGGGGCGCGCGAUGCCUGCCUGGGGAGUGAAUUGGGGGAGGCUGGGGGUCAGGGGGAAACCGGAUGGAGAGGUAGGUGGACCGCGCGCUUCCACCCCGUCCCUUCGCCCUACUCACCUGUUUUCCUUCCAGCGCUGCGCAGUGGGGCGGCUCCUAGAACGGAGAAAGGCGUUGAGGAUGCCCAGAAAGUUGGGGUCGGGCCUCACAGCGCUCAGCUGAGCUCACUGAUCCUAGAAACUUUUAGGCGGCUUCAAGGUGCCUCCAGCCAGGGGAGUGCCUGAACUUUCCCUCUGAGCCGGGGUGGGCCAGCUUGCCCGCACCAAGAGCUGGCUUCCGGCGAGAGUUCUCUGGGAAGGAGAGUCAGGCGCAAGGAACGUUUUCGGUGGUGGUGGUGGUUGGGGGGUGCAAUGUCUGGGAUAGAGAAACAGACUCGGUCUGCCCCAAGGAGAAAUGCCCCGCGAGAGGGGCGGGUCCCCUUGGACCCUUGAUUGUCCCGACCUGGCAGGUGGGCAGAUGGCGAGCGCAAAGCACGACCGGGAAACCGCCUCCGAGUUCAGAUGUCACUGGAGCCCACCCUGAUCGCUGUGCUUGAGAACUAAAGGCUGGGGAGUGGCUUCUGAUCUCAGCGCGUGUUUCCCCGGGUGGACAGACCCCCUCAGGCUACUCCCCUAAAAGAAAAGGGGAUGAUGAUUCCUUGGUAACCUAGCAGGCAGGGGAAGUCAGAAAGCCCCGCUCCAUCCUCAGCUCCCCUCCCCCUCCCCCACCCCCCACCCUUAGUUGGAAGAAAUGGUACCUGGGCUGCGCCCAGGGAAGCAACUUUAAAGGGUUUGAGCGCACUCGCUACCCGGAACUGGACUUCCCUGCAGACUUUGACCAGCCCGGACCGUGGGAAUGAGGGUGCUGUUUUGAGUGGGAUCUUGACUGGGAUUCUGAAACACGACGAGCGGCUUGGGUGUUUUGUGGGCUUCCAUGGAAGACACGGAUGCUGUGGGAAUGCUCAGACAGUUUCUGGAACCAAAAUUCUUGCUAGCUGAUGUCUGGUCUUUCCAAAGGGAGUAUGCAGUGGGGAAGGAGAUUAUGGGAAGACUUGAGUUAAAGUUCAAGCUUCCUAAAGGGUCUGUUUGGGGGAUGAGGGUAGAAAAAAUUUAGGUGUGAUGGUCUCUCGACUGCUCACCAGGUUCAAGGAGAGCAGGUGGGAAAUAAAAGAUGAAUUCUUCCUGGUUGCCUCUAUGUCCAUAGAAUUGUCUCUGGAGAGCUAUACAUUUCUCAGCACAAUUCUGUCCUGAUCUCACGGGUUGGUUCUUUUUUGUUGUUGUUGGGCUGUAUGGGGGGGUAGCAGGGGGGAACUCUGAGAACUGGAAUUAAACAACUGCAUGUACCCAUUCAUCUGGCAGCUUUGACAGAGAUGCAUGCCAGUGUCUUUGGCAACAUGGUUUGAAGUCAAGAAACAGCAACUGGGAGCCAGAGUGGGACGGUGCUUGCCAUACAUGCGUCCCAUCUGGGUUUGAUCUCUGGCACCUCAUAUGGUCCCCCAAGUCCCGCCAGGGAUGAUCUCAGAGUGCAAAACCAGGAGUAAACCCUGAGCACAGUUGGGUAUAGUCCAAAAAAGAAAAAAAAACACAUUAAUUGGUGUGGUAAUUUUAUUUAUUUGUUCAUUUGCCUGUUGGCCACACUCAGAGGUACUCAAGGCUGACUCCUUAUUCUGUGCCCAGGGAUUACCUGGCAGACUCGGGGGACUGUGUGGGGUGCCAGGGAUCGAGCUCAGGUUGACCAUGUGCAAAGCAAGUGCCCUGUCCUCUAUCCUAUUGCUCAGACUCCUGGUGUGAUAAUUUUAAUACAAUAAAUGGCCAUUCCAAAAGACAUGUCUGCUUAAAUAGCUUCUUGAACUGUAUAUCAGUAUGUUGUAGUUGUGCUGGAAAAGUCCCUUAGUGUAGCACUGCACUGUCAUCCCGUUGCUCACCGAUUUGCUCGAGCGGGCACCAGUAACGUCUCCAUUGUGAGACUUCUUGUUACUGUUUUUGGUAUAUAGAAUAUGCCAUGGGUAGCUUGCCAGGCUUUGCCGUGCAGGCAGGAUACUCUCGGUAGCUUGUGGGCUCUCUGAGAAGGAUGGAGGAAUCAAACCCGGGUCAGCUGUUUCUCACUUCUUAUGUAUUGUAUUGUGUAUUGUUGAGUUCAGUCCCUUAGUAUCUGAGACUUAAAGCCCAAAGGGUGAGUGUCUGAGAUUUAAGGUUCAAAACGUGACAGUGCAGUUGCUAAACUGACACCUUGCUGCAGAAACAAAACCUGACUGACUCUAUACUACACAGUCUUCAGAAGUGAGCUAUUUUUAGAAAACAGGAUAACGCUUUUUUAAAGCAAAGGACUGAAUUAAGUCUUUCUUUGUCCUCUAAGAAGAAAACAUUAAUAUAUCAAUCGUUUAGCAAUUGGGCUUAUGAAGACUGAAAUGGAGCCCUUCUCAGAGUUCCAAAAUAGAGAAUAAAUUAAAAAGUAAACGCCCAGAAAGAGCAAAUUCUAGCAUGCCAGAGACCCAUACAUUAUGCUGCCAUUAGACUCUUGGUGAGGAAUUCUCUUUAUUACAGCAACUUGCCAUUUCAAUUUUGACAAUAAAACUAUGUGUGGGUAGUUCAUGUUUCUUAGAAAAGUGUAUUAAAAGGUGUAUUUCUGCUACAGUGCGUGCAAGAAAAACAGAAGGGGCUGGGGCAAGGAUUCAUGGGAAAAACUGCCAAGAGAAUCACCUUGUCCCUAUAGAGUUCUGAGGACUUCUGAGGUCAUGGUGUGAGGAAGCAACACAGGAGAUUUUUGUCUACCACAAAGAGAAAAUAGCCAAUUUUGAAACCAACUUGAAGUUUGAAGUCAGCUAUUUAUCUUUUUUUUCUAUUUAUCUUUAGAGUGCCUGUUUUGUAUGCCAAGUCUUGUAGUGGGUACUGAGACUUCAUACACAAACGACUUUCCUGACUUCCAAGUACUCAAUAUAGAAAACCCUGGAACUAUAAACUGCAUAUUAUAGAUAGAGCUAAAAGAAAAUAUCAUGGAAAGAGAGGGGUUAGAAAACUUGGUUCUGCUGGGGGUUCAGAGACUCCCCUGGCCAGAGUCUUUGAGAUAGAUUUAGAAAUACAAGUACAACUCUGGCAAAAAAUGACUAUUAAGACAAGGAAUGAGGAUUUCAGGUAGCUGAGCUAAGAAACACAGCAAUCAAAGACUCAGAGGUUGCAAUGUUAGUUGCCUUGCAGGGAAGCAGGAAACAAAGCAAUUCAGCAUCCUUUUUUCCUACAACAUUUCCCAAGAUUGGUAUUAGUAUGCACAGAUCUGUGUAUAUGACUUAUUCAUUUGUCUGGGACUGGGGCAUUUUCAUUCGAGAGAAAACAUAGCAUUGGUAUACCAUGAGUGGGUAGCUGCGUGUUCAAAAGUGGUUAAAGACUUUUCAGUUGAAUUUGAUAUGCCAAAAACAGUAACAGCAAGUCUCCCAAUGGAGACGUGACUGGUGCCCGCUCGAGCAAAUCGAUGAGCCAUGGGAUGACAGUGAUAGUGGCAAAUUGAAUUCUGUCAAUUUAUCCCAACCUCAGUGGAGAUGGUGUGAGUCUUUAAAUAUUUGAGGAGGUAAAAGGAAGAAGGAACGAGAAAGAGAACAUCUGAUCUGGUCUCUUACUCAUCCUUGUUUCCCAUCCAGUGUUCCUGCAGAAGGAGCGUCAUUCCCAGUAAAGGCUAUGUCCCCUGCUUGGCCAUAGAUGACAACUCCUGAAUUUGGGGGAUCCACAUAAGAGGGCGCUCAGCUGCAGGUCACUGUCCCAGGACUUCCACACAUUCUUUUCAAAAUCUUCAUAACCCAAAGAAACCCUUGGAGAAAUAAUCUGAAAAUAAACACUAGAC